CAUUGAGGUUGAACGACAUAAGGCUGGAUAUUGGUUGAGAUUGCCUCGCUUAACCAUCAUAUCGUCAUCGCAUUUGGUGCUAACGGAAUUAAAUCGACGUAUAGAAGGCAAACGGGUAAUAUAAGCUUGACCUAUAGGCCGCACUACAAUUCACCUGGUUGCUCGUAUCUGCGCCGCACCCCUCAUUCCUAAUUCUUUAUUGUAGACCUCGAUUCACAGAAGGAAAUCUCAUGAUGGCAGUAUCCAUGGAACUCGCGGAGGUUCAGAGACUGGUAGCAGCUGAGGCAGCUGGCGACACAAAUGCACAUGGCGAACUUCUGAGAGCAAUACGCGCGUUGCAGCUAGCAGUUGAAACGCCAGUAGAGACGACCUCGCGGUUUAACUUCCAGAUUAUGCAGAACAUAUCGAUACGCGUCGCCAUCGAGAAACAAUUUCUUCAACUUGUCGCAGCCCGAAAUGGCGCGCCUAUCACAGCGUCCGAGAUCGCAAACAGGACUGGAGAGAAUCUAUUGCUCAUAGUGCGUGUUAUGCGUGUUCUGACAGCUGUUGGUCUAUGUGAUGAGGUGGGUGAUGAGACAUACGCUGCCAAUGAAAAAACACACUUCAAGGUCCUGCCCGGAUCCAUAGCUGCUGAAAAGCAUCAUUUUGAUUUGGACUUCGGAAUGGGAGGGAGGCUUGUCGACUACAUGCGAGGCCCAGGCAUCCAGCAAUUUAUCGAUGAGCCUGGGGCAACUACCCUAUUCCAAUAUGCCCAUGGUACCGAUGUCAUCUUCGGGUUAUUGGAGAAGAACCCGGAGCAGAAGCAGGCAUUCGAUGACUACAUGGCAUCACGACGAGGGGCCAAUUUACCCCAAUGGUUCGAAAUCUAUCCUGCUGCGGAGAAGUUCGCCAAUGCCAUCCAGGAUUCCACUGCUAGCUUGAUGGUUGAUGUUGGUGGAGGGCCCGGGCAAGAGCUGAUCCGAUUCAAAGAGAAAUACCCGGAUAUUCCUGGUCGCUUAGUGCUUCAGGAUCUGCCGUUGACUCUUCAACGCAUUGAUAAAUUGCCCGAGGGCAUUGAGUCAAUGGAAUACGACUUCUUUACACCGCAGCCAGUGAAAGGAGCUCGUGCAUACUUCCUCCGCGAUGUGCUGCACAAUUGGUCCGAUGCCAAGAGCACCCAAAUUCUCUCGCGAAUUGUUGAAGCAAUGGACCCUGAAUAUUCGACCUUAUUGAUCGAUGAUUAUGUCCUACCGGACACUGGGGCGGAGCUUAGGGCUGCAGAAAUGGACAUCCUCAUGUGGCUCCACACUGCCGGGUUGGAACGUACAGUUUCUCAGUGGAAGAAGCUGUUUGGUACUGUUGGCCUUGAACUAGUGAAAAUAUGGCACUCCCCCAGGGGAAAUGAGUCGGUCUUGGAGGCUCGGGUCCAGCGGACCUAACUGGUGUACUUCUUUGCCAUGAUAGCUCGGCUAAGUGAACGCUUGACAUGGCGAAUGCUGUAGAUUAUAGUUGGCCAAGUUUGCCUCAAUACACUCUACACCUCUUCUCAUGUUACUCAUGAUCUGCUAUAUGGCAGACUGGAGUUCGAC